AUGCAGAAGCUGAAAGGAAAGCUUGAUGAAUUUCGAGCUUCGGCAAGCCGUGACUCAAAUGCUCAGAAUUCUAAAACGCCAGGCAUUGAUCCAGAUUGGAUUGAUUUGGAGACGAUCAGAAAUUGGAAAUGGGUUUGCGAUACUGAACAUGGAGAUCGGUGUGCCAGUAGUGCAACAUCUGGUGAAUCCAGCGGGCCUCGCUGGCUGAUCGAUGUUCAAAAGAAUUGCAUCGUCCCUGCGGAUCAUGGGGCCGAAUACGCAGCUUUGAGCUAUGUCUGGGGCAAUCUUGAGAUGCUGAAAUUAAGCCAGGAGAAUCUGAUGUAUCUGUUGGAAGAGGGUGCCAUUCUUGCCCAUGCGGAUUGGAUACCACGGACUAUUCGGGAUGCGAUAGGAUUUGUGUCUUGUCUGGGGAUCAAAUACCUCUGGGUGGACUGCUUGUGCAUCGUGCAGGACGAUGAAGAUUCCAAGCAUAGUCAGAUCCAGAAUAUGGGUAAUAUCUACGCACAGGCAUCAGUUACUGUAAUUGCUGCUAAUGGUUGGGAUGCUGAACACGGUCUGAGAGGUGUCCGUGAGGUGACGCAGGUCUCUCGAAACCUUACUUAUAGGAGUCAGAGUCAGGACUUCUACGAGUCGAUGCAGCCCUAUUCUUCGGUCUGGUAUUCUCGAGGUUGGACAUUUCAAGAAUUGGUAUUUGCACGUAGGAAAUUAAUGUUUCAAUACAAGGUCGUCCUUUGGGAAUGCAACUGUGCAACGUGGCAUGAGGCAACAGGCUUAGAAGAGAUGCCUACCCUUUAUCACACCGCGAUGAAAACGGAAACGAAUCGAUUUACCAUGGGACGGUGGGGCCGGAACAUUGAGUUUCAGGAUUGGCCAGACAUCCGGCAAUAUAUCGACCUACCUCGUGAUCCACUGAUCAGGAGAUCAAAGGACAGUUUCAGUAGCUCUGAUGCCAUUGCUCUGCCGUCUUGGUCAUGGGUCGGCUGGCGUGGUUCACUUGAUUCAAGAGAAUGGCUCUUGCAGUUUGACCACUUGUCUGAGGGUAGAUUCGGUUUCAAUGUCACUUCUAGUGUCAAAUGGUCCUAUGGCUGCCUAGAAGCAGACACUUCUAUUGAACAAUCGUCUCACAAAUAUCGAAACUGUAUGAUUGAUAGGGACGCACCUCUACCCAUUGGAUGGCGCCGAGUCAAUUAUGAUGGAGCUCCUAGUAAGGGCGUUAAUUAUUAUUUUGUGCAUCAAAGCUGCCCAGACAUACGUUACAAAUACCCGAUUCCAUUUUUGGAGGUGAGAGGAUCUCCUCAGAUGCUGAAUUUAGGGGGUUUACUCUGCGGUCGAACUAUGAGGAGUUUUUUCAGAAUCCCAGGAGACGAAUAUGUCACACAUGCCAACGAAGCUACAUGUAUAAGAACGAGAAUGCUCGAUGUUGAGCAUAGCGAGUGGGCUGGGAUUCUAGUAUUGAACGACACAAGGCACUUCAUCCAUUCUCAGCAGGUCGAACUUGUUUGGAUUGCUACUGGAGAAGACAUGAAUGGUUUACUGGACGACGCCAGAUCAAGGGAAGGUGUCCCUGGCAUUGCUCGAGAGAGCAAGUCUCGUUGGGAAACGAACUCGGGCGCUCUAGAAUUCUACCACGUAAUGUGGAUUGGUUGGAGUGGUGGCGUCGCACAUAGGAAAGCGCUUGGCUGGGUCCUUUCGUCAGCUUGGCAUAACCAGCCCAUAGAAUUGAUAGAUCUAGUAUUGGGAUAG